ACCAGCUGUCAGUCGUUGCCACUUUUGCAAAAAACACGGUUGGAGAGGGUCGCCCGAGUCAUUGUACGUCACUUCAGCGUGACAUUUCGCAAUUUCGCAUCAUUUUCUGUCUCUAAACUUCGCUUGCUGUGAACUCAAAGCUUCCAAACACUUUGCAACGAUACCAGUCCUGAAGGAUGGCCGCCGUCAACGUCGAAUCGCGGGAAGAGCGAUGGAAACGGGCUGUAGUCGGAGAACUACCACCAGACUUUCUACGUAUCGCCACACCUCGUGAACUUCAGGAACAGGCUGACUGUCAAGCGGCAAUGGCUCUCUAUCAGCAACAAGCCUUAUCAUCGUAUGUGCCCACCAACAGCGUUGGUCGUCUCAGUAUAACAGUGGCUCAGGCAAAGCUGGUUCGCAACUAUGGCCUUACACGAAUGGACCCUUACGUACGAAUUCGUGUCGGUCACUUUGUAUUCGAAACCCAAACAGAUCCGAAUGGAGGGAAAACACCGCAUUGGAAUCGCGUCAUUCACAGUCAACUUCCAGCCGGUGUGAAUAAGAUCUCGAUCGAAAUCUACGAUGAGUGCAGCUUUAAGAUGGAUGAGUUGAUUGCGUGGGCUGAGAUUCCGAUCCCGGAGAAAGUAUUACGAGGUGAAACGCAUGAGGAUUGGUAUCCAUUGAGUGGCAAACAAGGUGAUGGACUCGAGGGUUCGAUUGAUUUGGUAUUAAGCUUUUCGACACAGUCGAUUGUCUACACGCCACAAUUGACUCCGGCGCCGGUCGUUAUGGUACCAAGUGUGAGUGGGCCGCCUUUGCCUGUUUAUGUGGCAGCCCAACAGCAACAAAUGCAGCAACAACCUCCAGCUAAUCCACAAGUAUUGCAAAUUAGUGAAGUUGAUUUUAAGCAGGUUCAGGAAAUGUUCCCCAACAUUGAUCCAGAAGUCAUUAAAUCGGUAUUCGAGGCAAAUCGAGGAAACAAAGACAAAACGAUAAAUUCGCUACUGCAAAUGACUGACUAGGAGACCCAAAUAUAUUAUUAAAAUAAUCUUGCAUUUUUCCAUGGUUAUAGAAAAUUGAUUUUACCGUUUUAGUAUGAUUUCUUCGAUUGUAUUUUUAAUGUAAUUGCAUUUGGCUUUGACCCGACAACUCUCUUCCAAUACAAUGAUAAACGAUAAAUUGCCCCCAACAUGAUUUGUUGUCUCUGAUUUUAAUUUUAGUCUGAUUUCGAUGUAUUCCUCCGAAUCAAGUAUUCUACCCUUAACCCUUGUACAUUUCACUAUUUAUUGGUUUUAAUCGCUUUUGUAGUUUUACUUAGUUUAAGGGAAGCGAGUAAGAUUUCUGAUCAUCGAUUAUUAUUGUAUGACGCCUAGUGGCUUGGAUAUUUGUUUCUGUCGAUAUAAAUGUCUAAAAUGCUAAAAAUAUAAAUCAUGAAAUUCCAAAUUGCUAUAUAUUUAUUAUGUAAUUGUACUUAUAAUCAAAAUAAAAGUAAAAUAAGAGAAAUGGUAAUCGGAGCAAC